AUGCAGAACGUCGCCGGUGGAGGCCGACCACCCCCUGUUCCCCCGGGAUGGGUCGCCGAGUGGAACGCCCAGUACGGUGCAUGGUACUACGUCAACCUCAGCACAAACGUCUCGCAAUGGCAGGCGCCCAACCCAGCCUCUUCCCCCGCCCCGCCAGGCCCUCCCCCUCAUCUGAGUGGUGAUGCCGCCCUCGCCGCCAAACUGCAAGCCGAAGAAGAUGCCCGCGCCCACAGAUACAACCAGCCGCCGCCAUCGCAACAAGGAGUGCCGCCGCCUUACUCGCCAUCCCCCAAUUCGCAAGGCCACGGCGGCGGAUACCAAGCCCCGCAACAACAGCAGUACGCCGGCAGCGGAUAUCUACAACCAGGACAAUAUGGCCAUCCGCAGUCGCACAGCCCGAGCCCAGGGAUGAGUCCAAACCCCUAUGGCCCGCACAGCCCGAGCCCAGGUCCUGGAGUCAGCCCGGGGCCGUACGGGCAGCAGCACGAUCCGCGACAGCAGGGCUACAACCAGCCGCAGUACUAUUCUGGCCAGCAGCAGCCGCCUCCCAAUGGGGCGUACGGCCAGUACCCCCCGUCCCCCGGAAACUACGGGCAGCAACAGCCCCAGGGAUCAGGGAGCAACAAGGCCAGUGGUGGUGGUGGUCUGCUGGGGAAGCUGAUGGGCAAGACCAAGAUCCCCGGGGGCGCGUCGGGCUCCGGCAAGCCUCCCAAGGGCAAGAAGAACAAGUGGGCUGUGCCGGCUGCGCUGGCUGGAGGAGCCGGUGCUGGCUGCGCUCUCACGAGUUAA